AAGAAAAGGGAAACAAGGAAGUACAAUAUGAGAGUGCAGAAAUGACAGCGUCUGUGUAUAAAGUCCCGGGCAAGGGUAGGUGGGGGUGCCGCUGUGAUUUAUAUAAACAGAGCAGAUAAUUAAGCAGGUCACUAUACUUCUAUCUGGGUUGGUCCAAGAGGAGCACUGAAUCUACAGACUGUUAUAUGUGAGCAGCAAGUUUGUGACUCUUCAGCUGUUUUUGAACUACAAUAACUGGCUUCAUCCAACAUUAAAGAUCUGUAAAAGACCGGUGAGAGGACAUCAACCUUUAUAAUACCACAGGGUCUUGAGUUACUACAUCACUGGAAAAUGCAGAGCACCCCUAAUUACCUAUGGGAGCUGGAUGAUGUACUGGGGCAAGGAGCUACAGCCAGUGUGUACAAGGCACGGAAUAAGAAAUCUGGAGAAGAAGUGGCUGUAAAGGUGUUUAAUAACCUCAGCUACUUGCGGCCUCUGGAAGUGCAGAUGAGAGAAUUUGAGAUGCUGAGAAAGCUCAACCAUGUCAAUAUAGUCAAGCUCUUCGCUGUGGAGGAGACUGGCAACAGUAAGCAGAAGGUUCUUGUUAUGGAGUACUGUUCCAGUGGCAGUUUGCUUUCUGUACUUGAGGAUCCAGAAAAUGCCUAUGGCCUGUCUGAGGCAGAGUUCCUCAUUGUGUUGCAGUGUGUUGGUGAGACACUUUGCAGGAAUGAACCAUCUGCGCCAAAACGGUAUUGUGCACAGAGAUAUCAAACCUGGGAACAUCAUGCGCCUGAUUGGAGAGGAUGGGCGGAGCAUCUACAAACUGACGGACUUUGGUGCUGCCCGAGAGCUUGAUGAUGACGAGAAGUUCUUAUCUAUUUAUGGGACAGAGGAGUACUUGCAUCCAGAUAUCUACGAGAGAGCUGUCCUAAAGAAACCCCAACAGAAGGCUUAUGGCGUCACCGUUGAUUUGUGGAGUAUUGGAGUAACUUUUUACCAUGCAGCCUGUGGCAGCCUCCCAUUCAUCCCCUACGGUGGCCCCCGCCGGAACAAAGAGAUAAUGCACAAGAUAAUUACAGAAAAACCACCAAGAGCUAUUGCAGGUGUACAGAGGAAGGAGAAGGGACCAAUCGAAUGGAUUUAUGAGCUGCCUAUCAGCUGCCGCCUAUCUGUGGGCUUAAAGGUCCACCUGGAAAAUAUACUUCCCAAUAUUCUUGAAGCUGAUCAAGAAAAGUGCUGGGGUUUUGACAAAUUCUUUUCCGAAACCAACAAUAUAUUAGAGCGGAUUGUUGUUCAUGUGUUUUCACUGCCCCAUGCCACUAUGCACAUGGUCUAUGUCCUUGCUUGUAGCAGUGUUGUAAACUUCAUGGAAGCAGUGUCCAAACAAACUGGGGUUGCAUUUGAAAAUCAAAAGUAUUUCUAUGAGGGUCACCAUUAUCCCAUGAUGCCCACACUGCAAGUGAAGCACAUCACUGGGACUACAGAGCAGCACCCAUUCAUACUCAUGAGCAGCACAAGUGAUUGCAUAGUAAAAGCCACCUACAAAGACCCCACCAAUGACUUUCCAAGAUUCCUGCCUUCAGUUGAUGUAGUUGCUGACUGCUCUAUUGCAAAGAAUGUUCUAAGUGCUGUUUAUCAAACGUUACGUGUGGCCCGGGCUUUGCUCACAUGCCAAGAAUUUAUACUUCGAGGGACUUACUGGCUCAUUGAGAAUACAAAGACAGAAUGCCACCAGAUCCUUGAAAAGAAAUCAACAAUGGCAUCUCUUCUCAACUGUACGAUCAGCACAGAGAAUAGGAUCACAAGACUGUAUAAUUCAGUCAACAAUAGGAAGCCAGAAUUUCCUGAGUUCCCAGAUCUAGCAGAGUGCCGCAGGCAGCUUCAGUCUAUUGGCCAUACCUUGUCCAGUUGUUCUCACAUUGUGGAAAAGCAAAAUAUGUUGGAAUUUCUGUCAUUAGAAGUAAGCAAAAACCAGGACCAGAUUCAGUUAGAUACAAGCAUUAACCGCAUGGAAUAUUGUCUGCGAAAAAUGCAACUGAUAUUCAAUCAAUUCAAGAAAAGAAAACAGCAGUCACGGCUUGGUUACAAUGAAGAGCAACUUCACAAACUAGAUAAAGUUAAUCUAGGAAAUCUGGCCAAAAAAGUGCUGGCAAUCUUUCAGGAUGGCGUUGUGCAGAAAUAUAAGGCAGCACUAGACAAACACAGCAACAGGAUGAGCACCUUUGCUGACAUCCUAAAGCAUGUGGACCUGGUGAAUGGAUACUUUGGUGGAAGUUUCCUGGAUCUACAGAAAUAUCAGGACUCUGUCAACAAUGCUGUAGAUGAUCUAACCCUAAGGAUUCAACAAAUGUCAGAACCAAAUCACAGCCCUCUCCCAUCUUGCCAUAAUCAGGACAAGGAAGACCUGACACUAAGGAUGCUAAAGCUGAGAGAUCAAAUGAAAACAGUAUCUUAUGAACUACAACAAAACAACAGUGUUAUAGAGAGGUUGGGUGUUACAUCUUCCCCUGGUGUGUGAGAGACCAUUUUAAACAGUUGCUUUCACAAACUGCAACCUUACAUGAUUAAUUUAUCAAUUUGUAAAAUGUGGAGACAUCAGAUAAUGUCAAAGCUGGUGAUGGAUAAUGCCAAAGCUGGAGAUGGAGAUGAAAAAAUUCACCAAAGGAGGAUGCUCACUUUCUUGGGAGAUGACGUAUCAUCUCAGCAUUCCUAGGAACAGUCUAAUUGAAGCAGACAGAUUGUAACUUUUUUGAACCUACACUUUGGCUUCCCUAAAAGACCAGUUGCUAGUUUAAUAAUUAUUUCUAAUCGAUUUCAGUAAUCUUGAAGACUUUGGAGAAGGUCAGAUGGUAGCCUAUCAGUCUAAAUAUAUUUUAAACAAGAUACUGCUACAUUUGUUGCAAAUCGUCUGAAGGGAAAAUUAACUGUGUCCAGAUUGGACUAUAGAAAAAUAAAGUUUUGCCCUUGUGUUUUGAGUAGUUACCAUGAAUUUCAGCGCACAGUUUGGGCAAAACCAAAAAUUUGUUCUUGCAAAGACAGCUGCCUUAACUAUAUGUUACUGAUUAUUUUUAUCCACUGGAAAUAUUACUGUCAGUAGCAAGUUUCUUCCUGAAGCCUCAGUUAAAUACAUAAUAUGGUGUUAGAUAUUUACUAGCUGUUAAAAGGAAACUUGUUUGUUUGGUUUUUUUGGAGAGGAGGGUUGGCAAUUUUUUUCCUUUCAUUUAUGUGAUAGUGACGUCAGUUACAGAUCAAGACCUACAGGAUGCAAGGCAUAGAAUGAUUCAAUUUAAGGCAAGUGUGUCAAAAACUGCACCUUGCAAUGUUAUGUUCUGCAACUGUAUUACAAGCUUUAACUGUAUAUUUUCAGAUGUUAUUUAAUUUUUAUGAAAAACUUUGUAUUAUAUACUAAAAUAUACAAACUCAACAUAAUAAAUAAUGGACCCAGGAGCACAUGACCCAGGCCAUUGUCACUGGGGUUUGGUCAAUAUGGAUGUUUUAGAGAUGGCACAAACUUCACUUUUCCCAAAUUUGAUUCAUUAAAAAUAUAUGGGAAACUGGUA